AUGCCUGUCAGUGUGUCUGUCUGUCUGUGUGUCUCUCUCUCUCUGUGCGUUUAUAUGACUCUCUCUCUCUCUCUCUUUCUCCCUCCCCCCUCUCAUUUCUUCUCUCUCCUCCUUUCCCUCUUUCCCCAUAUUUGCCUCUUUCUUCAUCUUUUACUUAAUUCUCUCAUUUUUUCUUUUCCCCUCGUCGACCUUCUCUCUCUCUCUCUCUCUCUCUCUUUCCUUUCCUCCCCAUUCUUUCUCAUCUCUGCUUUCUCUCUCUCUUCUCCUCUAUCGCCUGCUUUCUCAUUACACUUCUGUUUCUCUCGCUUUCUCUGUCUUCGAGUCCGUCUCUCUCUUUCUCUCUCUCUUCCUAGCCUCUUAAUCGUCUUCUCUAACUCUCUCUCUCUCUCUCUUUUUGUUUCCUUCUUCCCUCUUCUCUGCCUCCCCCUCUUCUUUUAUUCCUCUUUGGCCUCCCCUCUCUUUCUUUCUCUCUCUUCUUCGUCUUCUUCUUCGCUAGCUUUCUCUUUCUUUCCUGUCUCCCUUUUUCCUCUCUUUUUCUUCACUCUUGACUAA